AAGUGCUUCUCAUUAAACACAACACGAAUAUUUCACGUAAAUCUUCCCUUGACCUAACGAGCAACAUGCGACGCCCAGCAACGCUCCUCUGCUCUGUCAUCUUCUGCCUACAAAUCUUACAAGGCAGCGCGGGCAGUUUGCUGAAGUCUCUGGAGGUGCCGCAGUUUACGUUCGUGUCAGGGACGGUAACCCUGCGCUGCGUCUACGACAUGGGCAGCAGUAAACUUUACUCCCUCAAAUGGUAUCACAACAACACCGAGUUCUACAGAUACGUGCCUACAGAGAGGAAUGGGCCCGUCAAUAUAGGACCAACCAAUAUAUUCACGCUACACGAGGUGUCGCGGGACGCUCGUCAUGUGACGCUGUCACUGAGUCGUCUGACAUCAGCGGCGACAGGCGCCUACAGGUGCGAGGUGCUGGCCGAACAUCCCUCCUUCAGGACGGAGUCCAUGCAGUCCUACAUGACCGUCCUCAGCCACAGCCUCAGCCCGCCACUCAUCAAAAGGGUGCGCGAAAUCUACGAGCCUUCUGAUCAGAUCACCGUCGGCUGCCAGCCGCAGAAAAUGGAGAAAACCGAGCCAAUGCCAAAAAUAGUUUGGUUAAUAGACGGAAAACAGGCGAGAGGCAGCGUCGUAGUCGAGUGCCGCCUGUCGCUGGGCGAGUUCGAGGAGCGGGCGUCCAAGACCAUCCGCGUGCGCAUGGAGCACAAGUCCUUAGCGAGCGCGCCUAGCACAGAUUUAAUAAAUAAUGCUCAAUUUUCCGAGCUCAGGGACUGCUGUGGCGGUCCUGGGAACUUCGGAACUGUUGGCAGCCCUGCUGCUGUCAGCCGCCCUCUGAGGCAGCGUAUCCCUCAGGAGAGGCAGUGCAUCCCUCAGGAGAGGCAGUGCAUCCCUAAGGAGAGGCAGCACAUCCCUCAGGAGAGGCAGCACAUCCCUCAGGAGAGGCAGCACAUCCCUCAGGAGAGACAGCACAUCCCUCAGGAGAGGCUGAUGUUUGCUCUGCCUCCCGCAAUCCAGCCCUAG